AUGUCAAUGUUUGGGCGUCAACUGUUCAGAGGAAUACACACAGUUCCAAAGAUACCUGGUAUUUCACAACUUUUGGAUUCAGGCAUCCCUCAUGUUAUGAGCGCUAACACAUUCAAAACUUGCUGGGUUGACCAGCAGCAGCUUUUGUGCGAUAAGCUAACACUGGCAUCUGCAGGAACUGCCGCAGAAUCCUACUUGCCAUUCCAUUUAGUACUGCACACUGCGAAGAAAUCAUACCAAACAAACAUUUUCAAUUUGGCUAGUGCUUUGCACAAUAACCAUUUGUUCAUAGAAAACAUAUUGCCUAUGGAACAAGUUACACAUCCAUCUCGUGAGUUUCUACAGAAGCUAGAAUCACAAUAUUCAAUGACUUGGGAUGCUUUUAAGGAUGAAAUGGUUAGACAUGCAGAAGAAGAUGUGUUAGGUCAAGGAUGGCUAUUCCUUGUGGAAAAUGAUGCCAAGGAACUUCACAUCCUAACAGUUCAAAAUAAUGGUACUCCAUACUACUUUGCUAGAAACCAAUCUUUCGAUUUGAACAGUGCUCUAUCCUUAGAAGAAAUGGAACAGUUUGUAACGAUGAGAGAUCUACUUGCCGCAAAUGCAGACGUUAAAGAUUGGACAAUGCCUUUGAUUGCGAUCAGUUUGUGGGACCAUUCAUACUUGAAUGAUUACGGUAUUAAGGGCAGAUCCACUUACGUAAGGAAGUGUUUAGAUAACUUGAACUGGUCUGCGGUUAACAACAGAUUGUUCUCCACACAAUAG